AUGACGGAAAAUCAAAGUCAACAACCAGCUGUACCAACAGCAGCAGAACCGGCUGCUGACCAAACGGAAGCAUCUCAACAAGUCCCCCAACAGAAUUCGGUGGAGAACGCUGAACAAAAGCGGGCUGAGCAGGACUCUGAUUCCGCAGAGCCUCAAAACGCUGGGGCAACGUCUACUACGGAAACUCAGCAACAAUCGGAAGACUCGGAAAACAACGAAUCUGCCAUUACACCGGCCAAUGCCACGAGAGGCGGCAGAGAAACUUCUGAUAGAAUCCUAUAUGUCGGUAAUCUGGAUCUGUCGAUCACUGACGGCAUGCUAAGACAAUACUUUCAGGUUGGGGGUCCAAUCUCGAAUGUGAAAAUAUUAAUGGACAAAAACAACAAAUCCGCUAACUACGCAUUUGUAGAGUUUGAGAAACCUCACGAUGCCAAUGUGGCGUUCGAAACCUUGGACGGAAGGCAGAUCGAAAACAACACUGUCAAGAUCAAUUGGGCGUUUCAAUCGCAACAGGUGUCAUCAGAUGACACCUAUAACUUGUUUGUUGGAGACCUCAGUGUCGAUGUCGAUGAUGAGACUCUUGCGAACACGUUCAAAAGUUUCCCCAGCUUUAUUCAAGCCCAUGUAAUGUGGGAUAUGCAAACUGGUAGAUCCAGAGGCUACGGAUUUGUGUCCUUUAGCGACCAGAGUCAAGCCCAGAAGGCUAUGGAGCACAAUCAAGGUGCGGUUGUAAACGGAAGAGCCAUUCGCAUAAACUGGGCCUCGAAACGUGAGCAGAAUAACAACAACCAUCACAGCAACAAUCACAAUAGCCAUAACAACGGUUAUCCGCUAAAUAGCCGGGGCCUUGGAUCUCGUCGUGGCGGACAACGUGGUGGCCACCAAUACAGAGGACCUAUGAUUCCAGUUGGCGUUCAAGGUGCUCCUCACGCUGGUCUUAUGGGCACUAUGGGAAUGCCUCCUCAUGCGAUGCCUCAGCCCCAAGGACCUGUAAUGCUGCCGCAAUUACCACCUCAAGCAGUGGAGGUCAUGGUUUCCAGCGCUCCAGUCAGAAUUACAACCGUGUACAUUGGUAACAUAUCUCACUUUGCGUCUGAACAAGAUCUAAUUCCUUUGCUACAAAGUUUCGGGUUCAUUGUGGAUUUCAAGCACUACGCCGAUAGAGGUUGCUGUUUUGUAAAGUACGGAACUCACGAACAAGCAGCUGUGUGCAUAUUAUCUCUAGGUAACUUCCCUUUCCAGGGUAGAAAUCUGAGAACCGGUUGGGGCAAAGAAAAGCCCACUUACGUUGCUCAGCCUAGGCCUGAGAAUAUGAGCUAUGCUAUGGGACAGCCUCUGCCUGUAGAACAAGAUGUUACUUUUCAGGCUUCAGCACCACCAAUGAGCAUAACUCCAAGGGAAGAUCAGGAUGAGUUUCAGUGA